AUGUAUCGAUCUACUCAAAACAAAUUAAGUUUAGAUUUAUUAAAACAAAAACAAAGACUUUUACUUUCAGAUUUUUUUCCACACAAAAAACCAUUCAUGCAUUUUUGGAUUUUUCCUUUAUUAGGUGGUUGUUUUAUGAGUUUAAUGACAUUUCAUAGCGGUAAGGGUUUUAUAAACAAAAAUCAAAACUUUCCAAAUCUUGAUUUUUCAGUAAGAAACGUUCGUAAUUCACGAGAAAACUCUAAACAAAGUAUUUUACAAUUAUAUAAACCAUUAAAAGAUAAUAACGUAAACUUAAAGCUUCUUUUGGGACCUUCUAAUUCAUCUAAAGUACACGUGAGCCGAGGGCUCGUGACUAUGCGGGGGCCAAUGGCUCCACCGACCCCCCAAUCUUUUUCUGAAAUCUUCGAUUCAGGACCCGAGCGUAGCCUCCGAACAAAGCUUUGUAAUGUUAAAGAUGAGGCAUCCAUUGGAACAACAACGAGGAAUCAAUUGUUAACUUUUUACGCAAAUUAUACAAACCAAGAACCUCUUUCGUCUAGAUUAAGACAAGAUUAUCAAAACAUUGUUCUUAAUAAAUUUUUACCUGUUGAGUUCGAAAAAUUAUGUUUAUUUUAUCUAAAUUUAACAAAUCAAAAUUUAAACAUGAAUUCGAAUAAUUAUUUACAAAAUAAACAAAACUAUAAAUAUUUUCUGAAACAAAUAUUACAGCAAAAUAAUUAUCUAAAAAACGAAGCAACAUUCCAUUUGGUUUGGCAUGUAUUAAAAGUGGAACCCAAUAAUGUAUUUUCAGUUCAGCACGUAAACACAAAAAAUAACUUUUUACACAAUUUAGAUUUGAGAAAAUCUUUUAAAAAAGGAUUUUUAGAUUAUUUUCCAAUGGAACAUUUCGCUCAAAAACUCUAUAAUGAAAAUGCUACGUAUUAUUUAAAAAAUUCAAAUUUAAAGUCUUUUCUUUUUUCUAAUUUAAUAAAACAAAUUAAAGAUAUACCACAUAUUUCUUACUAUAACGCUUCUGUUUUGCUAGAUAAAUGGAUAAAAACAUUAAAGUUAAAUUCUAUAACGCAAAACCCUCUAAAAUCAUCUCAAAUAAGCAUGAAUAAUAUCAAUAAUCUUUUGACAAAAGAGACUUUUUCGGAAUUUUGUGACAAAUUGUAUGUGUUAGAACAUUUAUUUUCAAACUCUUCAAAAUAUCAAAACGAUUUGACUUUUUAUUUUUAUACUUUACUCGAAACUUUAAAUAAAAACCAAAACAAUUAUCAAUACAUUUAUUCUCAAAUUAAUCCAAAUUUUAAAAAACUAGAAUCUAAAAAAAUAGCUCAAUUAUUCGCAACUGUUCUCAUUGAUUCUAAAAAAGAUUCUACUUUGAAUUCUUUAAAAAAUUUGAAAAAAAAAUUUCAAAAUGAAUAUCGAUAUCAUCUAAUGAAAGUUCUAUUAAAAAAUUCUUUCUAUAAGACAAAUUCAAAAAAGAAUAUAAUAUCACCAAACUCUUUUCAAACUUUUUCAACAAUGCGGAACGAAGUCCUAGGCCCUGUGGGCCUCGACUUUGCGGGGGCCAACCGUCGAGCCCCAAUGGGUCUAGAGGGGCCGAGGGCCGAAGGCCCUAGCCCGAGACCCAACGGGUCGGGGGGUUCCCCGAGGGCCGAAGGCCCGGGGGGGGAACCCCCCCGCGAACCCAAAUUGACUUUUUUCAAUAUAUCGGACGUCCAAGUUAAAAGAAUUUUGAAUUAUACACUUUUUUUAAAGUUUAUUAAUAACAAACCUUUGCUUCAAGCUAAAACACUUCCUAUUUUGAAAAAAAUUAAAUUGCGCCGUAAAUCAGAGCUACUAUAUAAUUUUACGAAUUUAGUAGAUCCGAUGGUUAUUUCAACACAAAAAAAAAAUUUAAAAAACAUAACUUACGAAUUACUUUUAUUACAAAACUGGAAAACUUUAUUUGCAGAUAUUUGUUAUAUCAAUGUUCUUGAAAAAAAUUUUAAAUAUACAAUUUCUUCUGAUUUAUCUAAAAAAUUUGCUUUAUUCAAAACUGGGGCACAGCGGGGGUCUAGACCCAUAGGUUCUCUAGGGCUUCUAGGGGCCUUUGGCCCCUCGGAAGCCCUCGCAAGCCCCAUGACCUCGGAGGGCAAAGCCUCUGCAAAACAAAAAUUGAUUCAACCCAAAAUAAAAAAAACUCAAGAAUUAAAAUUUUUAACAAAUAAAUUAACUAAAGAAAUCACUUUGUAUUGUAAGUUAAAUACAAUUUCAAAAAAACUUAUCAAUUCUGUUUCUUCGUUAACAGACCAAAACCAAAAAGAUAAUCAACUUAACCAGCUAGUUAUUCAAUAUAAAACACCCAUUUUAAUAGCAAAAAUUCAAAAAGAACUAUUAUCAUUUCCAAAUUUCAAUAACGAGUUUAAUUUAUUAACUGCAAACCCGACAACAACAAAAUUUAAAAACAUUUCUUGGGUUCGAAGUCCAUUGUCUUGGUUUGAAAUAGCUUCAAAACAAAAUGAUUUAAGCAAUCUCAUGUUCUCUUCUCAAAAACUAUGGAAUAAUUUUUCAAAUUCACAAACAACUGUUCCUAUUCUACCAAAUGGGAAAAAAAUAAAUUUUAUUAAAUCAUUAAUCAAAACAAAUACGAAAAAGUUUUUAACUUUCAAAAAUUUAUUAUCUGGAUCAACCUCUUUAAGUGAAGAUACACAACAGCCAAAACUUUGGCCGGGGGGGACCCCGAGGCCCUAUGGGCCUAGAAGCUCCGAAAAAGCUAAAACAAUAACUUUUUUAAUUCAAAAAAAAUCAAAGGGUUUAAAAAAUCAACCUGUUUAUUUUUUAAAAUCAUCCCAAACUACAAAAUUUUUAAAUAAGGAAAACUUGUUUAAAAACUUUCAACACAAAAAUAGAAGACAGUACAAAACCUCGGAUUAUAAUUUUGAAAAACGUCAAUCUGAAAAAAUUUUUAGAACUUAUUUCUCGGUUAAAUCUUUCCAAAAACCUGAUAAAGACUUAUUGCAUAAAAACAAUCGUUUUAAACUAAAUUCAUUAAAAAGUUCCCUAAACUCAUCCAAUUCCUUUCAUUCAAUUCUGCCAGUUUUAAAAAAAUUGAAGCAAAAAGUUAAAAGUCAAACGUUGUAUUACAAACUUAAUAAAGAUUUACUUCGUUUAAAUUCAGUGAACGAUUUGUUAUUAAAAAACCAUGAUUUGAGACUAAGAAACGAUAACUUUAAUCAAAAAUCAAAGAUGACUUCGCAUUUUUCUAAUAAAAUAUGUUUAACAAAAUGUUAUAACGCUAUCAAUUUUAAUAAAGUUUUAUCUAAACAAAACAGUUUAAAUUCUAAAACGUUUUUAAAAAAAUUUGGUGAAAGUUUUAAUUUUUUUAAAAAAGCUGAUUUUUCCCUUAACGAAACUGAAAUUAACCGUUUAGAAAAAAAAAAAGCGGUCCAGAAGAAACGUCGUUUAAAAAAACUCAAACUUGAAAAUCGUCGAAGAAAAAAAAGAAAACGCUUUUAUCCUCGUCCAAAUUAUUUACGUUUUCAAUUGUAUUAUUCUUUUUUAAAAAAGCGCCACUUGUUAACUCGUAACAAGAUUGACUCGAAGACGUUGGAAUUUUUGAUCCAAAGAGGGCGACUGAGCAAAGACAAAAUAAAAAAUCAAAUCGCAAGUAAAAAAUCAAGAUCAAAAUCUUUCCAAGAAAAAAUAUAUCGUCACCAAAAACAAAAAUGGGGAAACGUUUCAUCAGAAUUGUUAUUUUCUGAAAAAUUAUUCUUAAAAAAAAUACCAUUGAGUUGGACAAUUCCAACCUAUCAUGAUCAAGAAUUUUAUAAAAUAUCAAAUGAAACUUUAACAGAAUUUGAACGUUUAUGUUGGAAAUCAUAUUGGUUAAGAUCAAAUUUAACCCCGUAUAUUCGUCGAAUUCAAAACAAUUUUAAAAAAAUGCAAAAAAAAGAAAGUUUAAAACAAUCUAAAAAAACGUUUUCAAUUAUUUUAGAAAAUUUACUAACUUGGCCAGUUUUUUGGAAUAACGAAAAUUUUUUUAAAUUGAAUAACAAACAAGUGAAACAAAUGAAAAAUUUAACUCCUGCGUAUUUAAAUAUAAAAGAAACUUUACAAAAUUCUUUUUUUAAAGUUUCCAACCUGACUCAUUUCAAAAAUGUAGAAAACACAGCAGAAUAUAAUCGCCUUAUUUCUGAACGUAUUACGGAUGAAAUUAAAAAUGUGAAAAGUCAGUUAAAUGUUGAUGGACAAACUCAUGCUCGAAGCUAUAAGGUUGGACGUCAAAAAAUCGAUAAGCCGAUUUCAAAAAAUAUUUGGACUUCGUUAAAUUCAUUUAACAACAAUUUUUUAGAACCAAAAAUUGAAGCUUUUUCUCUUUCUCCGACGCGUCUUAGCGACACUUUUGCACAGAUGAGCGAUUCUUUUAUAAAACCUUUUGGUGAUUUACCAACCUUACGACUUUUGUGGGCUGUUAAUAAAACAAACUUAUUUACUUAUAACGAAAACAAUUUUUCAAGAAAUUUAUGGUCUAUUUAUAAACAUCGUGAACAAACCAAGAAUAAUAAAACAAAAAAAUUUAUUUCUCAAAUUUUUAAUUCUUAUAAUUUAAAUGCAAAAACUGUCGAAACGAUGUCAUUAAAUAAAACAAGACUAGCAUGUAAAAAAAUCUUAUCUUUUGGUGGGUUUAUUUAUGAAAAAAAUUAUAAGUUUUAUUUACGUAAUCUAAAAUAUAAAUUACAAAGAGCACCAAUUUUAACAUCAGAUUUAGUUAAAAUGUCGGGGGGCAAAGCCCCCGCAAACAAAAAAAAUUCUAAUAGUUCUAAAAUUCUGUUGUUGAAUCAAAACAAAACAAUCUUUAAAAAUUUAAAGUUACAGGAAAAAAAUUGGUUUGAAAGUAAUUUAAACCAUAAAUCUCAAAAACGAAUAAUUCAUUUUUGGUGGUCUACUCGACAAGUGAAUCCUAUUGAACAAAUGUUCUCGCUUUGGCUUGCAUCACCAACAAUUUUUUUAGAUUUAGACUUUUAUGUUUCAGAAAAUACAAACUCAAUUAUUGAGCGAGAUUCUUUAAAAAGUAUUAAUCGAGUCUCAGAUCUUAAAUUAUUAGUUGAGAGUCCAAAUCCUGUGUUCAGAACAGAAACAAGUAAAAUUUUACUAAUAACAAGUUUUUGGGUUUGUUCUUUAUUAUUUCAUAUUUCGAUUUUAUUCACAGUUAUACGUAUUUCGGAAAUUCGAAGUCUAGCAAAAUUUCAAUUUUUGAUCCUUUAUAAACUUACUAACAGUUAUUUAAUUUGUUUAUUUUCUAUUUCUGAUCUUUUCGAAAAUUAUAAAACAAAAAUUACUUCUUUAAUAAAAAACACCUGGAGAUUUUCUAGUAAAACUUGCAACAAUUCUAGCUUUUCACAAUUUCAAGAAUUAAAUAGGAAACAUUUUGAAAAAAAAUGGAUUAGACAAAACAGGUUAAAAUUCAUUUAUAAUAAACAAUUUAUGUUAAAUCAGUCAGAAAAAAAAUUGAGUUGGAAAGAUGUAGACAUUCUUAAUGUUCAAAUCCCAAAUUUGCAAAACCUUUCAAACCAAAAAGCGAAGUUAGAAAAUUCAUCUCUUCAACGAUGUUCUAAAUUUCAAUCUAAACAGUUAAUUCAAUCUACAAUUAAUUUUCAUUUCAGUUUUCGAGAUUUUUUUAUUUUCUCGACAAAAAACGAUAAAAAUUUUUCUAAGUCCAAGAUUAUUGAAAAUUUUUUGAUUUUUCAUUCAAUAAAUCCAUCUUUAGAUAAGUUAAAAUUAUUGAAAAAACUUGAUCUAGUAAAUUCUAAGAUUUCUCAAAAUUGGUUUUAUUCGUGGUACACAGGAUUUUUAUGGUAUACGUUUUUUACAUCUUUCAAAAAUUUCAGGUCCAAGAGUCAAAAUAACUCUUUAACUAAGAUUGGCUCGUCAAACAUGAAAGUUAACCCUACUUCUUUAAAAUUAGAAAUGUUUCAAAAAAAAGAGAUUUAUUUCAAAAAAAACUUAAUGAAAACUUUAAAUUUUUCAGAUAAAUUGACAAAAUUUAGUUCUAAAAAAACUUUGCGGGGUUUUACGAGGCCGGGGACAAAGCCCUGGACUAUGCGAAGUCUGGAGGCUUAUCAAAGCCGAGACCCAAUGAGCCGGGAAGCCCGGGGGGGUCCCCCCCAAGACCCAACGGGUCUAGCGGCCCCCAAUAAAGUAAAAAGAUCUUUUUGGAUUGUUCAAUCGAGUAUUCAACUUCAAUCUAUUUUAUCUUUAUUAACACUUUAUUUGACAAAAACAUUUAUCAAGAUUUUUUAUUUUUGUUUUAAUCUAUUUUAUGGCUUUCUCUUUAAGUUAAUUGAUGUGCUUGAAAGCAUUUUGUUGAUUUUUUAUAAAUUUCUAGAAAAACCUGCAGAAUUAAUGGUUGAAUGGAUUGCAGAAAUCUUUUUAAUUGAAUGGUCUUCAGAUUUAACAACUUAUAUACCAGAAGCGUUUGAUAUUUCUAUUUGGAAUUCACUUACGAAAUUUUCUCGUUCUACAAGACCUUUAGGAGGGUUAUUGUUUGGUUUUACGUUUCAAAAAUUUUUUUUAGGCUCGUUAGAAAUUUUUUAUAGUUGGAUGUUAAAGCCUGAUAAAGAUUUAAUUCUUCGUCAAAAAAAAGGUGUUAUUUUCUGGGACAUCUGGGCAGAAAUUUUAAUUCAAGCGGCGGAAAAAUAUAAAAUGAAUCUAUCUUCUUUAACCACAUUAAAAGAAGAACAGGAACUUUUAAUUGAAAAUUUAUUAGCUGAAAAAGAACUUUUACUGAAUAGAACGCAAUUAAAUUUGUUUCAAUCACGAAAUUCAAUAGUUAAGGAAACAAAUUUUUUCAAUUCCGAAACGUUUAAAAAGUCAUUAAUCAAGAUGACACCUCUGAUGAAAUUUUUACAAAUUUACCCCCCAAAUCCGUUCUGGAAUUUAUUACAUUCUUCAAAGUCUUCUAUAUCGGUAGUAAAAAAUAAUCCUUAUAAAUUUUUUGUCUCGGACAAUCAAUUAUUAAGUCUAAGUCAAUUAAAAAUUGACACUCAACCCUCUCUUAGCUUAGUUCAAAAAACUAAGUCUUUAGAUUCAUGGAAAAGAUGGUUUGUUAAUCAAUCUCUAACAACCCAGGGUCGAGAUACGGAUUUAUUUAUGGAUAUUCACCCACCUAAAUCUUUCUUGAACUUAAGUUUUUUAAAAACUUAUUUACCUGCUCAAGAAAUUUUAGGUUCUUUAGUUUGUGAUAUUUAUUCUGGUCUUUUCGCUCAAAAAAUUUCGAAAAACAUUUUAGUAGUUGGUGCACCGGGGGCGGCUAAAAGUUUUUUUAUUCAAGCUUUAGCGGGAGAGACAGAGUUGAAAAUCGUAACUGAUAAUGCUCAUCGAUAUGCAUUGGUUCAGGGUGGUGUACCAGUUGGUAUGAAAUUAUUAAGAGAUGUUUUUGAUUCUAUUGCUCUCCAUACACCAUGUUUAUUUUUAUUGGAAGACAUUCAUGUGAUUGGUGAACGCCGUCCAAUGUUAAUUUCAGAUGAGGAAAACUCAAAAGCAACAGAUUCUACGUUUGGAGCCGAACAAGAAGAAGUUCAUGAAAAAAAUAGAUCAAUUUAUCAAUUAAGUAGACAUUCGAUUUCACAUUAUAAACGGCCUUAUAAAGGUGAUUUUUCUCUUUCAAUCCCUACCAAUCAUUUUUGUUAUGAUUUGUUUUUAGGUAUUAACCCACUUAAAAAACGUCGAUCAGGCUUAACUGCAAAAGGUCCUCUUCCAAUUCGUGAACUAGAAAAAGCAUUAAUGGGUAUAGAAUCUUUACCUUCAAAUAAACAAGAAUUCAUUUCUUUUGACGAAAAUAACAAUACAUCAAAUAGUCAAGCUUUACUAAGUGUAUUACAAAUUUCGACUGAACAGGUUUUUGCUCCUCCUGCAACAUCACCAUUUAACAUUUUACUUAUGAAAGAACAAAAAAAACUUAAACCAAAAAAAUUGGUCAAAGAAAUGCCGUGGAGUGGACUUUCAUACGAUAAGAUUAUGUUGAUCUCAAAAAGUCAUUAUUCGGUUCGUGUAAAGGUGGCUUUAUUAGCUGAAAUGGCAAUGACGAAUUUAUCUAUUAAAUUAGACAUGAUCACAGAUUUAUUGGUUAUUAUAGAUAGUGUUCGAUCUAAUCGAGGAUUUGUUGUAUUUGCCACAACUCAUUUACCUUCUUUACUAGAUCCAGCUUUACGUCGGCCGGGGCGUCUCGAUGAAACCAUUUCAUUACCACUUUUACCUAAUUUAAUGAGUCGUUUUGAAAUUUUCAAAACAAGUUUAUCUUCCUACACUAAAGCAACGGAUUUAUUAGACUAUAGUCUCUUAAGUUCAACAAUUGAACAAAACGAAAAUCAAAUUUAUUCAGCUAUUUCUAAAAGUUUAUUAUUGUUGUUAAACACAAAAAAAAAUUUUAAUGUAUCAAGUAAUUUAUUGAAACCAAAAGUUUUUUCAGGAUUCUUUAAUGAUUUUCCUAUUUAUAGUGUUUCUCAAGCUUUUCAGACUUCAAUAUAUCUUCGUUCUUUAUUAAUUAAUACGUCGCAGAUUAAAAAAUAUUUAACUCAAGUAUCAAAAUCUAAAUUUACUGCAAUUGAAUUUAAAACCAAAAAACAAAAAUCUAGCAUUUAUGAAGAUAAUUUAUACAAUCUUUUAAAUAAAGAAGUUUUUAAUUUUGUUUUAUCUGGAACGGAUAAGUUUAAUUUUAUUGCUUUAACUUAUGCUCAAGCAGGUCAGUUUUUAGUUGAAGCUUUGAUUAUUCAUGAUCAAAGUACUUACUCAUGCAAAUUUUUAACUCAGCUUACUAAAACUCAAGAUAGUUAUAAUACCGAAGAACAGAUUUUUAAAAGCUUAUACAAUUCUAAAAUAGAAUCAAAAAACACUUUAUUAAAGCUUUUUGCAGGAAAAAUAGCAGAAUUUUUUGUAUUAAACAGUUCCUAUUCUCAAAAACUAAAAAGUUUUAACAAUUUUUCAAAUUCUUUUUCGAAAAACAAAUCAAAAUUAAUCUCAUUAAAUAAAAAUGUAAAAGUUGCUUCGUCAUCUGAAGACGAUACUUUAUUCAUAAAAUCAAAUGUAGCUCUUUCACUAAAAAAAGAUUGGUGGUUACAUGCUAGUUCUUUAUUACAAACAAAUCCUUCGCAAUCAAGUUUAUUCGAAAACAUACAAAAUUUUCAAAUGUAUUGGCAAUCAGCAACUGCUUUUUUAGACUCUUUGUUUCAAAAACGUUAUUUAUAUAAUAAGAGCUUUGUUGUUUCUAAAAUGUUAUUUUUUGAAAAUCAGUCUAGUUUACGUGAACCACCAAGCCCUCCGAAUUCUUCUAUUCUUAUGCCAGCAAAAAAAUUUGAAAAUUAUAAACGCACUUUAAAAGAUUUUCUUCAAAAGCCAACGUUAACAAUUAAUGAAAAAAUUCAAAUGCAUCAAAAACAAAGAUUUUUAAAACUUCUUUAUAAUAUCUCUAUUCAAACCUCUUUUACAACUGUGUCUUCUAAACAUUCUGGAGAACAUUUACCAAACUAUCAGACAGAUCAUCAAGAAACAAAUUUUGAUAAUUCGUUUAAAGAAUUAGGAUAUCUAGAUCUUAUGAUGUUAAAACCAACAGCAAGUUAUUGCUUUUACAAAAAUCGUUUCUUAACACGUCACCGAUUCUCGUUUUUAAAUCAAUGGUGGAAUGGACAACUUGCAGAACAUAACGUAGAGACAACGUAUUUAAGUCAUGUUGAUUGGCGUUCAAUGUUUGUACAAUCUAUGGGAGACAUUGUUAUAGAUUUUCCAGAUGCUGAUCAAUAUUAUAACCCAAAAACAAGACGUUGGUUCUUACAUUCAACUUCUUGGAAUUAUUGGUUAAGUUUUGAAAAUAAUAAAAAAGACGAAAUUUCACAACAUUAUAUUCUUUAUUGUUUUACAAAAACAUUUCACCUAUUAAAUUUUAAUCGUGAAUUGUUUGAUUAUUUAGCUUUCCGUUUUUUACGUUAUCAUCAACUUAAAGAGAUUGAUCUUUUACAUAUUUUAAGUCGUUUUUAUAAAACAAAAUUUUAA